AUGGAGGUCUAUCCAAAUAUCCAAGUCGCGAUACUCCUGCUCCUCGCGGCACUGGGAGUAGUGAGUGUGUCAAUCCGCCGUUUCUUCAUCCGCCGUCAGUUCGCCCGCCGCCACGGCUGCCAACCAGUCGCGAGAUCAUUCAGCAAAGACCCCUUCCUGGGCCUUGAUACGAUCCCUGGCACCAUCCGUGCACUCAGGCAACAUGAAAUUCUCGAACAAGGAUGCGAGCUGUUUCGCGUCUAUGGCAAUACAUUCACUCUCAAAGAGCUGCAGCGACGCGCGAUUGUAACGAUUGAGCCCGAAAAUAUCAAGACGAUCCUAUCGCUGAAAUUCCAGGACUAUGGUAUCAGUCACCGCCUCGAGCCAUUUAAGCCGCUGUUAGGCGAGGGUAUCUUUAAUACGGAUGGCGAGCACUGGGCCUCAUCGCGCGCUCUCAUUCGGCCUAGUUUUCACCGUGAGCAGGUGGCCGAUUUGACCACUUUGGAGGAGUUGUUUCAAGAUUUGAAAUUAUUGCUUCCGCGAGAUAACUCCACGGUUGACCUGCAGGAGCUGUUUUUCUGCUACACGAUUGAUUCUGCAACGGAUUUUCUAUUCGGACAGUCCAUUCACACGUUAAGGAAGAACCAGUCGCAGAGCAGGUUCGCGGAAGCGUUUCAUUAUGCCCAGAAGGCUGUUCUCACGCGCGCCACUCUAGGGCCGCUGAAUGUCGUCUACCGUGAUCGAAAGGCCGAUGAGUGUAAUCGGAUCUGCCGCGAGUUUGUGCAGCAGUUCGUCGAGGAAGCUGUCCAUACCGUUGCGGAUAAGAAACGGAUACAAGCAGAGACAACACGGAAACACGUAUUCUCGCAUGAGCUUGCAUCACGAACGUCCGAUAAGCAGCGCAUUUUGGAUGAGCUGAUGAAUGUGCUGCUAGCCGGGCGGGAUACGACUGCGAGUCUACUGGGGAAUCUCUUCUUCAUGCUGGCGAAGAACGCAGCUAUAUGGCAGAAGCUGCGGCGUGAAGUGGCCGUCUUACAGGGUCGGCCACCAACCUAUGAGCAUCUUGGGGGGCUGAAAUAUGUCCAGUGUUGCGUGAAUGAAUCUCUCCGCCUGCACCCUGUCGUCCCACGAAACGAACGCGAAGCAAUACGAGACACAAUCCUCCCACUAGGUGGAGGCGAAUAUGGCCUAUCCCCAGUCUUUGUUUCAAAAGGGACAUUGGUAUGCUACAACAUCUACGCCAUGCAUCGGCGGAUCGACUUCUAUGGCCCAGAUGCAGAAGAAUUCCGUCCGGAGCGCUGGGAGGAUGGUAAGCUACAGCCACGCUGGGGAUAUCUGCCAUUCAAUGGCGGACCACGGAUCUGCAUUGGACAGCGCUAUGCUUUGACCGAGGUUAGCUACGUUCUUGUGCGGUUGGUGCAGGAAUUCUCCGGGUUGGAGAGUCGGGAUCCGGGGCCUUGGGAGGAGUCGCUGGCUUUGACACUUUGUUCAAGGAAUGGAACGAGGGUUGGGCUUAUUGUUUAG